AUGCCUUUUUCUCACCAUAGUCAUUCCGGGCAGUUCUGCCCCGGCCAUGCGAAAGACUUGCUGGAAGAAGUAAUUCAAGCAGCAAUUCAAAAGGACAUGCGUAUAUUCUGCCUUACAGAGCAUAUGCCUCGACAUACUGAGGAUCUCUACCCGGAAGAAGUCGGGACAAACACACUUGAAACUAUGUUGGAAGUUGAAGCUGCCUACUUUAAAGAGGCCACUCGUCUUCGAGAAAAGUACCAGUCUCAGAUCAACCUUCCAAUUGGGUUCGAGUGUGACUGGAUUCGUCCUUCGUCCUUGGACUUGAUUAAACAGUCUUUGGACAAGUACCCCUUCGACUUCUUUAUCGGUUCCGUUCAUCAUGUUCACACCAUUCCUAUUGAUUACGAUAGGGAUUUCUACAUCCGCGCUAGGGAGAUAUCCGGCGGAACGGAUGAGAAGAUAUUUGGAGACUACUUCGAUAGCCAAUACAAAAUGCUGAUGGAAUUAAAACCUCCUGUUGUUGGACAUUUUGACCUUAUUAGGUUGAUGAGUGAGAGCCCGGAUAGGAGUUUUAAGCAUUGGCCCAAUGUCUGGGAAAAGAUCUUGAGAAACCUGGACUUUGUUGCUGGAUAUGGUGGCAUUCUGGAACUUAACUCGGCCAGUCUACGGAAAGGGAUGGUUGAACCAUACCCAAAAGCUGAGAUCUGCAAGGAAUUUAUAGCAAGAAACGGUCGGUUCUGCCUGUCAGACGACAGCCAUGGGGUGCACCAUGUGGCACUGAAUUAUAGCCGAGUCCGUGAUUUUCUUGACACUGCUGGUAUCACUACCAUUCAUUAUCUCAAAUAUGAGCCCGACUCAACGGCCCCGGCUGAUGAUUUCCGUUUUCCCAAUAUGAGGAUUGGCUCUAUAAGCGUGGAGGACCUUAAGAAAGAAUCCUUCUGGGAAAUAACGGCAUAG